AUGUCAGAUGGAAAUCAAACCCUUGUGACAGAAUUUCUCAUUGUAGGUUUCCCUGGACUUCACCGCACCUACUAUGAUCUUAUAGGCACAGUUUUUUUCCUGGUCUACAUCUUCACUUUAGUGGGAAAUGCAAUAUUUUUUGUACUGUUUGCAACAGACCACAAUCUCCGCAAACCCAUGUAUUUCAUCAUCUUAAAUCUUGCUGUAUCUGAUGUGCUGUUCAGCACCACAACUUUGCCAAAGAUCAUCACCAGGUACUGGUUUCGGGCAGGGACCAUUUCAUUCAUUGGCUGCUUUGUACAGAUGGCUUUUGUGCACUAUUUUGGAACAGUGACUACGUACAUUUCAGUAAUAAUGGCUUUAGACAGAUAUGUAGCAAUUUGUUUCCCUUUGAGAUAUCCAUUGAUUAUGACAAAUUCCAUUAUUUUAAUUCUUUGCAUCACUUCAUGGGUACUUUCGGCAGCAAGCCCAAUGAUAGUGGUAAUUAGAUCAUACUCCCUGCCAUACUGUUCUUCCAACACUGUCAUUCAGUGUUUCUGUGAUCAUACUUCAGUGACAACACUGGCAUGUAUUGACAGAACUGCUUUCGCUUUCCCAACUUUCAUUUAUGCUUUGGUUAUGUUAUUGGUGCCAUUAGCCUUUAUUAUAUUCACUUACUGCUCUAUUAUUCUAGCAGUGCUUCAAAUCGCCAGUACUCAAGGGCGACUCAAAACCCUUUCCACAUGCACCCCUCAACUAAUAAUAAUAGCUCUCUUCUUCCUCCCACGGUGUUUUGUGUAUCUUGCAGGCAAUGUGGGAAUUACAUUCAGUACAGAUUUGCGCAUUGCUAUUAUUGUGUUUUACAGUCUACUCCCUCCCAUGGUCAAUCCACUCAUUUACUGCUUAAGGACCAAAGAAGUGAAACAGAGUUUGAUCAAAAUACUGAAAAGACAAGAACUACAUGCAGGGAAGAUCAACAUCUCUGGAAAAUAA